AUGUCUCGAUUCUCUCGCUACGAUACCGAUGAGGAACGUCUACCAGAGGGCAUGCAGAGAGUAGGCUACGAUGCUGACAGCCAGGUCUACACGUUCCGCGAUGCCGACGGAAGCUACUGGGAGAGUGCGCCUGGCAAUCAGUACGGCCAUCUCACCAAGGUUGGCGAAGCGCGUCCUGAAGGCCAAGAAUCCGAGUCCUUCCUCGUGACGAACCCGCAGUAUAAUCAACCCAGGAUGUCUUGGUUCACCGAGAUGAAGCCCUUCCUCAACUUCCUCAUGCUCAUCAUCCUGUCGCUGCUUCUUCUCUUCUGGUUCCUCGGCCACAAGUCUUCUCCAGAGGAACGCAUCCCUAUCCCAGAUUGCCCAGAGGGUACGAUCGCGUACGGAGUUAAGCAGGACGAUACCUGCUAUGACAUCGCCAAGAAGGCCGGCGUGAGCGUGGAUGAUAUCAUGAAGAAGAACAAGGAUCUUGAUUGUGAUGCCCUCAUGAUCGGUGAUCGUAUUUGUGUGCCUGGCAAGAAGAGCAUUGAUUGA